UCGGGCUCAGUUCGAGCUGCGGGAUUCGAACAGUGGAACUUUAUCACUGAGGAACUUUCACGGUCACUUCAGAACAUCCGAGACUUUCUGGACUUUUCAGGAUAAAAACACUGGAAUCAUGAAAUCUCCAAAACUCAAAGCCCGAGCGGACCUGGUGCACGAGCAGGACCUGAGCGACGUCCUGUGCGAGUUCGACGCGGUGAUGGAGGACUUCACGUCGCCGGUGGAGAAGCGUCACUUCCGGUACGAGGAGCACCUGAAGACCGCGAAGAGGAGGAGCAGCGCGAGCGUCAGCGACAGCGGCAUCAGCGACUCCGACAGUGCAGAGUCCCUGAACAGAAACAGCUUCAGCUUCAGUGACGAGCGGCUGAAUUCUCUCAGCGUGUUCUCGCCCUCGGCCACGUCGCCGCCGCUGACGUCACCGAAACCCAGACUCGGGGACACCAAAGAGCUGGAGGACUUCAUCGCCGACCUGGACAAGACAUUAGAGAGCAUGUGACACGGAGGCUGGCAGGCGUCCUGGAGUGAAGCCAUGAGGGGGGGGGGGGGGUGGACGUCUCCCCCUGAACAUGCACCUGCCUCCCCCCCACCCACACUGACAACCACCCAACAGGAUACAGCUGGAUGGCAACUGGUGACACCGCCGCGGCGUCCGGUCGAGCCUCCGUGAGUCAGAGCUCGGCCAUUGGCCACCAGGACACCAUCAUUGAAGGGAGACGAGGACGAGGACAAGGACAAGGAGACGAGGAGACGAGGAGACGAGGAGACGAGGACGAGGACACUUGUUGUUGUGCAGAAUCACGACACGGAAUAUUUUCACUGGAACAUUUGUCAGAAUCACAAACCAACACCCAGUCCAGGU